GAAAAGGACGAUAACUCUCGCCGGUAUGACUUACGCAUGCGCAUUCUAUCGAUUACAUUAUUUAUGGGGUUUUUUCUAGCAAAUACAGGGAGGACCGCACCCCAUUACAGGAAGACAGACAUCAUACUGAUUAAUGCCGGACUAAAAUAAACGAUUAAACGCGUCUCAAUGACAAUUUAAAGGAGGUCUCGGUCUCCUUUUUCUCUGUUUUAUAUUGUGCACCUGUAGAUAAAUUGUCAUCAUGAGCAGUGAACUAGAAGCCCUCCGUCAAGAAACGGAACAGUUGAAAAACCAGAUAAGAGAAGCCAGAAAAGCAGCAGCUGAUACCACAUUAGCCAGUGCCACAGCAAAUGUUGAACCAAUUGGAAGGAUACAAAUGCGCACAAGGCGCACCCUUAGGGGACACUUAGCCAAAAUAUAUGCCAUGCAUUGGGCAUCAGAUUCAAGGAACCUAGUAUCAGCUUCACAGGAUGGAAAAUUAAUUGUUUGGGAUGGUUACACAACAAACAAAGUCCAUGCCAUACCAUUGAGGUCCAGUUGGGUAAUGACAUGUGCCUAUGCUCCAUCAGGGAGUUAUGUAGCAUGUGGUGGUCUAGACAACAUUUGUUCAAUCUACAGUUUGAAAACAAGAGAAGGCAAUGUACGAGUAAGCAGAGAAUUGCCAGGACACACUGGGUAUCUGUCAUGCUGUCGAUUUUUGGAUGACAACCAAAUUGUUACAAGUUCAGGAGACAUGACUUGUGCUUUGUGGGAUAUAGAGACUGGUCAACAAACCACUGCCUUCACUGGCCACACUGGUGAUGUGAUGAGUUUAUCCCUGUCUCCAGACAUGAGGACUUUUGUUUCGGGAGCAUGUGAUGCUUCAGCUAAGCUCUGGGAUAUAAGAGAUGGAAUGUGCAAGCAGACAUUUUCUGGUCAUGAAUCUGAUAUAAAUGCUAUCACGUAUUUCCCCAAUGGAUAUGCCUUUGCUACAGGAUCUGAUGAUGCUACGUGCCGAUUGUUUGAUAUUCGUGCUGACCAAGAGAUAGGAAUGUAUUCUCAUGACAACAUCAUUUGUGGGAUAACAUCUGUGGCCUUUUCCAAGUCUGGUCGUUUGUUGCUUGGUGGAUAUGAUGACUUUAACUGCAAUGUAUGGGAUGUGCUAAAACAGGAUAGAGCUGGAGUGUUAGCAGGACAUGACAACAGGGUGAGCUGCCUUGGAGUAACUGAGGAUGGAAUGGCUGUGGCCACUGGGUCCUGGGAUAGUUUUCUCAAGAUCUGGAACUAGAGGGAACAAACUGUGCUACAGUACCUAUCUAUUGCGAAUUUUCUUCUUCAUUCAGUUCUCAUGUGAAUGAUAAAAACAGUGAUUUAAUGUGGAUAUUAGUUAUAAUUCAUGAAGUAAUCACACUAUAGGGGGUUGAUAACAAAGCAGUGAGCGCCUGUGUCGUCAGAUUUUCUCCACUGUGGUGAUAUGAGACCUGAUGAUAAAACACCGAGGCAUCUAUCUGGCUGACACUGUGUGCCGAAGGACAUGGUAUUUGAUAAAUCCUUCAUUGUGGAAAUCAGAUCUUAUAUUAGUCUUAUAGUUUGUGUGUAUGGAUAUAUACGUUUCACAUGUGUGCCAUGUGAUGUGUCUUUAAUAUUUCUCUCAGAGUAAUCAUAUGUGUAUGACUGUAAUUGAAAACACUGCUUUGUCUGCUUGUACACAAAUGUAAUUUCUGACUCAUGGAUUAAAACAUUAAUGAUCAGAUAGCAUAAGGGAAAAAGUAGUACAUAUGUCAAUAUGAUCAAAGAUGGGGAUUUUUUUUUUUAAAUAUAUAUUGAUUGUUGCAGAAACACACAACAUGCAACAAUUGUUUAACUUAGUUUUUAUAAGUGAGCUUAAGUGACAGAUGUAAUCCAUGUUGUUAGAUUGUAAUGGACUGAUGAGUAUGGUAGACCUUCUAAAUGUAGGCUUAUGUGUCCACACCACACCCUCAAACCUGAACGCUAAGUGUUGUUUUGUAUUAUAUAUUUAAUUAGUGCAAUGAAUAUGUGUACUUUUCUUUAUUUCCCUGUGGAAGACAAGCAAUUUACUUUGCUUUAUCUCUUUCACAGUGUGUAUCAAAUUUUUACUUAUGAAUGUAUUUGUAACAUAAUUUCAUGAUUGUAGGAGUUUUAAUUUAUAUCUUUGGGAUAAUUCCCCAUUCCCCUAAGGAAACCGUGUUAUUUGUUUUAUGACUGUCUUGAUCAAACUAUGAGGAAAAUUAAAACAAUGUACAUUAAAAUGACAUUACAUGUGGUCUUGUUAUUUCUGUAAGAUAUUUAUUAUAUCCUAAAGUACUACUAUUAAACGAGUAAAUGUAUAUGUAUGGGUGUGAUUGUAUAAAAGGUUCAAAUUGUGUUAGUGAUUUGUCAUGUGUAGUUCAUAUAUUUAAAAAAAAAAAAAAGAAUAGGAAGGCAUUAUAAUGAAAUUUAAAAGAUGAAAAUUAUGCAUGUCUUUAAAGUCAAGUGCGAGAAAAUAAUUUUUUGACAAACUUUAGACAAGAUUGGAAAUAUUUGGCAUAAUACUGAAAGUGCUUUUUGUGUUUAGGAUUCUGCCAAUUGUAUGGAAUUAUAAGAUGAAGCCCCUGGGAGCCAGAUUGGCCUCCAUACGAGUUGGAUAGUAAAGGUUGAGUGCUCCAAUAUUCAGGGGGUGUGUAUUAACUAGUCCUUCACCUGUACUAUUGUAAUGUAUUUCUCAAUUGUCAAUAAAGCUUUUUUGUCA